CAUUGACACAAUAAUCACUUAUUCAUAAUCAGAUUUUAAUUACUUCAAAAUCAAUUUUUAAUUGAACAAUAAUCAUUGUCUCGACAAUUUUGUACACCGUUUCCUUAGGGUUAGGGUUCGAAUUUGUCUUCCGUUUUUUCACAUAUACAAUCAGUAUACACACAGAUAUAGACAUAUAUGUGUAUGUAACUAUAUACAUGCAUGCAUAUGUGUAUAUAUAAAUAAAUGGAUGCGAUGAAACCGAGGGCUUACGGUGAGGACUAUAUGAUCAUGCCAAUACGAGUGCAUGACAACGGCGGAGGAUUCGAAGCCGGUGAUAUCGGUGGCGGCGGUGAGGAGAAGAUGAGUAGUAGUGAGGAAAUGUCGGCACCAAUGGCGGUUCCUGUAAAUUAUCAAUCGAGAACCCCUGCAUCGAGGACUAGUGAGCUCACCAUAUCCUUUGAAGGGGAAGUUUAUGUUUUUCCUGCCGUCACUCCUGAAAAGGUGCAAGCAGUGUUGUUGCUUUUGGGUGGCCAAGAAAUGCCUGUUAGUGUAUCCAGCUCAGAAUUUCUGUUACGACAGAAUAAUAAGGCUGUAGAUGAUGGUUUGAGUCCUACUGUUUCUCAGAGAAUUGCAUCUCUUGUUAGGUUCCGUGAGAAGCGGAAAGAAAGAUGCUUUGAGAAGAAGAUUAGGUACACUUGCCGAAAAGAAGUUGCUCAAAAGAUGCACCGUAAAAAUGGCCAAUUUGCCUCAGUAAAGGAGAGUCCCAAAACAUCGAAUGAUAUUUGGGUUUCAGGCCACGACACUUCUCGUGCAGAACCAGUGUUACGUAGAUGUGUUCAUUGUGGGGUUACUGAAAAUUCUACUCCAGCAAUGCGGCGGGGGCCAGCAGGUCCUAGAACUUUAUGCAAUGCUUGUGGAUUGAUGUGGGCGAACAAGGGAACUCUGAGGGAUCUUACAAAAGGACAGAGGCAAAUAUCAUUUGAUCAAAGUGAGCCAGAAACUCCUGAGAUCAAGCCUGCUGCCAAUGAACCUGAAAGUUCCUAUCACAACCAGGAUGAGGAGAGAACCCCAGAACAGACACAACCUGCACUAUUGGAGUCUGCAAAAUUUUCAAUUAGACCAACUGCGCAGGACUUGAUGGAAACUACUGAAGGAAUUACUGAAGAUUCCUCCAUUGGAAUAGGAAAUUCUUCGGUCAACCUUGACGAACAGGAAACAAUUGAAGAACUUGCAAAUGUUUCAGCCACAGAAUUCGAUAUUCCAGCAAACUUCUGUGAGCAGGUUGACGUCGAUUCACAUAUGGGUACUGACUGGCCCGGUACAUGAUCGAGAUUCAGGAAGAUGCUGACCGUUGAGAUGUUUUUGUUUAUAGUACUGAGAUACAAUCUGGGUGUUAGACAAAACUUUUAACUUCAAUAGAUAAAUAAACGAUGCAACUCUUGGAGAAGAUUUUUAGUGUACUGGAUAGACAACUGGAGGAAAUGUACCAGUUUAUCCCCCUUGGAUUGAAGGUUCUGUUUAGUUGUAAAUUAAGUAGGUUUUUUUUUUUUUUUUUUUUUUUUUUUUUUUUUUUUUUUUUUUUUUUUAUGUAGAUAGCCAUUUAUUUUCCUUGUAUAAUAUUUUUGGAGACAUGGCACAAUGUGUAUAUGGGGAAUCCCAUUUUGGGUUA